AUGGAGGAAGUUUUCGGCUCGUUCUGGCGGGACGUUCUCGGAGAUUCGGACGAUGAAGACGACGAGGAUGAAUCGUACGUUCGCAUUCGUCGACCGUCGCGCGACGACGCGCGCGCGGUGCCCGUGAGCGCGCCGGGGAGCGAUGAAUUGAGUGAUAUCACGCGUAAGAGCUUUCGAGGGGUCGUCGCGGCGUCGGAGGCGCGCGAGGGGACGACGGGGGGGACGGAGGUGGAUGUGUUGUAUCGGAGACGAGACGGAACCGCGGCGAGCGCGCGGGUACGCGCGGAGGACGGGCACGAUGGGUUCUUGGGGAAGGUUUUGAAGUCGUGGACGGCGGCGAUGGCGGAUGAGACGCCGGAGGAGGUGGAGAUGAAGGCGCGCGAGCGGGCAAAGGUCCGGGCGGAGGAGACCGAGGCGAGACGAAGGAAGCGCAGAGGAGCGAGCGCGCUCGCGGCGACGAGCGAGCGAGUGACCAAGAGCGAACUCAAGAGGAGCGCGAGCAGCGAUAUCAUGAGCGCGGAACAGAUGGAGACGCUCAGAGAAGCGCUCCCGGCGAUGUGUCGCAUGCGAGAGUGGACGCUGACGUACAGCACCAAGAGGGACGGCAUCUCGCUCAAGAGUCUGUACAGGCGGUCGAGCGGGAAGGAAAAUACCGUGCUCGUCGUGAGCGAUAGCGGUGGCGCCAUAUUUGGGGCGUUUUGUACCGAGGCGUGGAAACUGCACUCGCGUUACGUCGGCACAGGUGAGAGUUUCGUCUUCUCGCUCGCUCCAGAGGGAAUGAAGUACGCGUGGAGCGGUGAAAACGAUUAUUUCAUGCUCGGUGCGGCGGAUUCACUAUCCGUGGGAGGUGGAAGCGCGCAUGCGAUUCGUUUAGAGGAAGACUUGCUCCAGGGCUCGAGCGGCGAGUGCGAGACGUUCGAUUCUCCGCCGCUGGCGUCGUCUGACAUGUUUAGAGUUUCGCGCAUCGAGCUCUGGUCGCUCGACUGA